UUGCUUAUAUCUACAGAAAAGAGAGGCGCCAGUCCAUCCCCAAGCAUACCGCCCAUCUCUAGAGAACAAGCUCUACUGGAGACAUUUUUUCAUGCGCUCAGUCAGUUUGCUUUUGAUAAGGCAAAGGAUCAAGUGGUAAUCUCCUUGGCAUUUUUUACGACUUAUUAACCCUCAAACUCACCAGAUCUGUUUCUAAAUCCCCCCCCCAAUGGCAACUACACAUUUCCAUGUAGAUUAGUUACAAGAAUUUGGUGUUGCAUUGUGGUAACAACUUCUACCAGAUAAGUUUGGGUAUUUUCAUUACCCAGAGAUGCCAACCUGUUAAGAUCUUAAAUCUUGAGAUUUUUCUCUCAUACCACCACAGCAUCAACCCAACAACACCUUCCCAGCUGAAAAAUUGAUGCCCAGCCCUGCUAUGAAAUCUAUCUCCUUCCCUAAAAAUGUAGAAAGCUUUUGUUUAGUUUCUGCAAGAUUUGAUUGCAUAAAAAAUGCUUUAAGAAAUGGCAACAUGUGUGAAAAACCAGAAUUGUUUUGAUUUGGGUAAAUUUGGGAAUACAAUGUUAGCCUACAGUGGAGCAAAUACUUUGAAAGAUUGUUCAUUGCUAAUAUCUGAGAGAUUUGGUAAAUUAUGUAGGAGAACAGAAGAUUUGAUCUAUAUCCAAGAGAUUCCCACAUCAUGUGGGAGAGUUGGCAUGUAUGAUAUCCUGUUUGUCAAAUAAUGCAUAGAUAUUAAAGGGAGACGUUACACAUUAACCCUUUCACUCCCAUGAUCUCUUUAGUAAUUCUCUUUACUGUCUGCUAUAUACUGCUUACAAUUUUAAUUUGGAGAAUUUGUAGUGACUCAAAUAAUAAUCCACUAAUUGAUAUUUUUCUAAAUUCUCAUUACUUGUUUACUUGAGAUUGUAUUGAUAUUUUAAAGAGAAGUUCUGUCUUGGUCAUUACAGGGAGUGAAAGAGUUAAUCACUUUGGGGAGUGAAAGGGUUCAUUACUAGAAAAACUAUUAAUUCUCCCUCAUUUGACAGGGAAAGUAACAUUGAAAUGUUUAACUUUUUAAUUUAUUGAUUAAUUUCACUAGUAUUAUCAAGGUUCUUACUGAAAUGAGAUCCUCCUUGGUUUCCCAAAAUGGACUUCCUCACUGGAUUUAAAUAUACCUUGUUCUAAAUUUAAACUGUGCAACCUCUGAAUAGUUUCUUAUACAAGCAAUGAGACAAAAUCAAAUACAGCUGUGUCCUUUUGGAUAGCCAAGUCUUGAGUCAAUUCAGCAGAAUUUAUAGUUUAAGGUGGGAACCAAAGGCUUUUUUGCUCAGAAGUGAUACUGACAUUAAAUUCCUGGUUAUUUUUCUCAUGUAGGAGAAAGAGAAGGAAACAAAAAGAUUACCGCUGGUAUCCAGUACACCAUGGUCUUCACUGCUAGUUACCCUGUCACAUCUGGCUUCUGCAGAAAAGACAUACUUCUCUUUCCCUUUUAUUGCCAGAAGGUUGUUCAGGAAAGAUGUAUGUAAAAAAAAAAGCUGACCAGAUUUAAUGCCUGACUGACAAAUAAUUCCUUGCCUUGUUUUUAUAAUGAUCUCCAGUUAGGCUGUCAAAGUAUCAGUCACUUCUAUCAACCGAACAACAGUCAUUUCAGGACUGCUCUCACUAGGACAAGGAGACUAUAGAAUCUUUUAAACAGAAAGUGACUAACCAGGGUUUUCAAAAAGAUUUUGAGUAACCAGACUGUGAUAGAAAGUAGCUGUCACCAGAAGUCAAAGGCUCCUCUGCAGAUGAGGGUACAGGGAGCCACACGAAAAGCCCACAUGUUUUUCAGAGUAGACAAUAAAAUGCAGUGGUUGCUAGCAUAUUUUGACAAGCCUGGAUUAAUAAUACUGAAUACUUUGUUAGAAACAAGUUAUUAUUAAUAUGUAUCAUUUAAGUUUUAGUCAGCUUAUUAUAACAAUAUUGUGAUUACACAUGCAGGUCAGGUACAGCUAAUUAAUAUGUGCUAACUAAUUCUAAUCAGGCUAAUUAUAUUAAUUAAUGUGUACUUAUGGGCUAAUCAUUUAUGUUAAUUAAUUUUUAUGUGUAAACUGAUUGAGAACAUGUAGUUUUGUUUUGCAAUAUUCAAGUUACAUGUAGGCCAGAAAUGUAAUGCAAAGAAGGUCUUGCACAAUAUACAUGUAGUGUCUCUAUUUUUUUACCUAGUUAGUUAAAUUGAAAUCUGUAUAUUUUGUUCGCAGUCUGUAAGGGACAGCUUCAAAACCCUGAUAGUGGAGUUGAAGAAAAUUGAAGAAACAACACACAGUUCCACAGGGUCCCCACUAGAGGGAAGUUUGUUGGCAGAGCUGUGCAGACAUUUGUGUCAAUUUUCACAGGCAAGACAGGAGUUAAUUGACUUGUAUCUUUUGGUAAAGUUAUACAGACUUGUUCACUCAGCCUAAGUGUCAUAGAGAAGGUUGUUUUUUGUUGUUAUGUGGUUCUUUGGGGUGAUUCUCUCUGUGUAAAAAAAUGACCAUCCAUUUCCCAGGUCAAGACUUUGUACUUUGAUGCUCAACUCCUUCCUCUCUUGUUUUACCUUUUAAGUCCCACUAGUGACCAAGACAGAAUUUCUCCUUAUUCUAUCAAUACAAUGUCAAGCAGACAGUUAACGAGAAUAAAAAAAAUAUUAAUUAGGGGAUUAUUGGUUGAUCCAAUUACAAAUUCUCCAAACUAGCAUCACAUGAAUUGUAUGGUAGACAGUAAGGAGAAUUACUCAUGAGAUCUUGGGAGUUAAAGGGUUAAAUUAGUUAUUCUCCCUUCCAGCUGCCAUGCAUUCCCUUGAACUUGAGCAACUGCACACCUACCCCUCCCCUAACCCAACAUUAACCCUGACUUGUUAUCAAUUGACUGUAGUUGGGUUAGGGGAGGGGUAGGUGGGCAGCUGCUCAGAUAAUAACAUUGAUCCAAAGAAAUCAGUGUGAUAUCAUGAUUACAUCCCCUAACUGUUCAGUUUCUAUUUUCUCAUCACAUAUUCUCUUGAUAUUGAGUAGACAGUGUAAGAAGAAGUUAAAAACAAUCAUGAUGUUGAUAUCUUGCUACAGCCACAUGCAAAUGAUGUUUUCUUACUUGUCAAUUUAAUGGAACAUUUUAAAUUGGUACUAUAUUCCUUGAUUGAAAAUGUUAAUUACAGUUAUGAGGCCAUGGCAAUGAUGGGAUCAGCUACAAAUGUAAAAUAUACAGACUUGUCAAAUAUGAUUGAUGAGAUUUGUCAAAGGUAUGUAAUUUUUUGAGCUAACAAGUUAACAAUUGUUGUACAAAAAGUGUAAGGACUUUUUCUCAGAUAGACUCAAAACUUAGGUCUCUCACUUCAUCAAUGUUGUUAAUUCUUAUCAUUAUCUGUUCAGAUGUUAAGCUCUCAGGAGAAUAUUUAAUGCAUACAUACAAACAGGAGUGGAGGCGCAUUGGCCUCAUGGUUAGUGUGCUCAACUCAGGAUUGAGUGGUCUGGGUUCAAGCCCUGGCCAGGGUCAUUGUGUUGUGUUCUUAGGCAAGACUCUUUACUCUCACAGUGCUUCUCUUCACACAGGUGUACAAAUAGGUACUAGCAAAAAUGCUGGGGGUAACCCUGCAAUGGACUAGCAUCCCAUCCAGGGGGGAGUAGCAAUACUCCUAGCCGCUUCAUGCCAAGGGAAACUGGAGUGCUGGCCCCAUUGGCCACUUGGGCCUGUAUAGAGGCUUAUACAAACAGGGUUAAACAUCAAUAAGGGCACUCGUGUGUCACGUGGUGCUCAUAUAAGGUGUGGUUAGAAGAAUAGCCCCAAUCUCUUUGCAAUAAUAGCCUGCUCAAAGUUAAUCAGUAGAUACAUGUAUGUUUCUUUGUAGACACAAUAAGGGCUUUCAUCAUCCCAUUUUGGAUUCUCUUAAAUCAAGCUUCAGGUAUGUGACUCAGAUACACAUUUUUAUCAGUUUAUUUGAACUCCAGCUAAUGUUUUUCUAAGACUCUAGUUUUGGGUAAAUUAUGUAGAGUUGCUAUGACAAGAUGAUAAGCAUUAUUAUAAAAAUCUAAAUCAUUGCUAUCGAAGGACCAAAAAAUUUGCUAAAUGUGACAGAACAAUUGUCUGCAUCCAUACAUUGGCCAUGUGGUGACUGGGUCAUCUGUGUCAUUUUUGUGAUAUCACCAUUUGCCAUUGACAUGGCCAGUAUGGCUUUUGGAUCAGAUUUCUUGCCAUCCCACACUUACCAGGUGCAUAAAAUAAAGUUUGUACAGUUUGGCCCACAUGGCUGAAACUUAUGCUGUCAAGUAUUAGAUGAGAUGACCAAAGUGUCCGAGCUGUUCCUUGGACUUUCAGCUGGCAACUUUCUGAAGAAACUCCCAGAAUGUUUAUUUACCCUUUAAAUCCUAAGAUCUGAUUGUUAAUUCUCCCUUCUAGCUGCUACACAAUUUCUUGUACAUAAGUAAUGAGAAUUUGGUGUUAGAUCAAGAGAACAACUUCAGCCUGAUAAGUUUGUUUAUUAAUUUUUACCAUUAACUCAUUACCUUUUUACUAGAUAUUGUAUGGGUAUUAUAGGGAGAAGUUACAUGUUAAUCACUUCUGAGAUUUUAAGGAUUAAAUCAUGUUUGGUGUUUCACUUUCCUAAUUCCUAAUUGAUCAAGAUCAAUUGAACAAGAUCAAACUUUGACAGCUCACCAAGAUUUUGUAUUUUUUCACCUAGUUUUGAAGUGGAUAUUUUGUCCAAUUUGUUGAAAUCGCAGUGUGACAUGGCCGACUGGAGAUUCCUUCCAUCCCUUCUUCACCUUCAUGAAAGUUACGUCAAACUGUCCUCUUGGUGUCAGUUUCUACCACCAGGGGAGGUAAGUGUUAGACAUGUUACAUCUCUAACCUUUUUGCUCCCAAGAUCUGAUUGUAAAUUCUCCCCUCUAGCUGCUACACAUUUCAUUGUGAAUUAGUGACAAGAAUUUGGCAUUAGAUUAAGGUGACAACUUAAAUAUGAUAAGUUUGAGUAUUCUCAUAACUUGUUUGGUGGUUAAUCUAUCGAUGUUAUAAGGAGAAGUUACAUGUAAAUCACCUCUGGGAGUUUAAGAGUUAAAGUAGUGAAUUUAUAGUUAACUAGAAGUUAUCCUCCAUAGUCAUUGAGAAAUCAAAUUGUGACAAUAUUGCUGAUUACACUCCAAAGAUAUGGGCACAUGCUUGGAGAGUCAUUGAACUAUUCUGUGUGCAAACAAAUAUCGUUAUCCCAGGGAAAAAAUAAACUCUAACUAUUCCUUACCCUGCCGGGAGGCCCUCAUAAUUAUCACCAAAGAACGAGCAUUUCUUUGCCUGUGAAUGAGACAAGUGGAGGAGAGGUCUAAAAGGGGUCUGGCACUAAUAAUGAGUGCUGUACCAGACCUCUUGCUGGCUCACUUUGGUCAAGGACUCAAACUUUCUCCUGGGAAAAGAAACAUUUUGUAAUGUAGCUGUUUUGACCAGGGCCUGCUCUUAUGCUAACCAUUUCUUGACUAUAAAACAAAUGAUUGAUUCUCCAUCAUCCUCCCAGCUAUCAACCUCACUCACACGUAAGAAAUCACUAUUUGGCAGCACCCCAAAGAAACACAUUGAGGCACCUUUUCUUUAUCAGUGGCUUGGAAAACUGCAGGAUGCCUUAGUUUCAAAGGUGACAAUGUAAAGUUCAUGUACGUGUUCUGUUUUGUAACUCAUGUUGGGCAACAAGGAUGGAAAAUGAUGACGAUGAUGAUGAUGACCAUGACCAUGAUAAUGAUGAUGAUGGUAGUGUUAGUGAUGAUGUAGACUAUUAGCAGUCCUUCCUUUUCGGCAAAGUCCAUCAUGCAAAAAGUCAUCAAAAAAAAAAAGAGAAAGAAUGGUGGCUUGCAGGUUGCAUAGAAUUCAUGCUAGCCACCAUUUGUUUGUUUGUUUAUUUUUUUGCUGAUUUAUUUUGGGAAAGGAAAAAGGAGGGACUCCUUACAGUCUAGUAAUGAAGAAAAUUGCAUCAGUAUACAUAUUUUCCUUGCUAUCUCCCAAGGUAAUAACUGGAGAGUUUUAUAUCAAUCCAGAGCCCUUUUAGUUGACCCUAAUGUUUUAUUCAGUAUGAAUACUUUAAGGAGAAGUUUGAUGCUAGUCACUUUUGGGGUUUUAGGGUUGGUUAAAUAUGACCAAGAGGUGAUGGGCUUUAGAUAUGAAUCACUAUAACCCUUAAACUCCCAAGCUCUAUUUGUAAAUUCUCCCCUCUGGCUGCUGCAUUUUUUCCUGUAAGUUAGUUACAAGAAUUUAGUGUUAGAUCACAAUACACUGUAACAACUUCUAUGUGAUAAGUUUGAGUAUUCCCAUAACCUGUUUGCUGGAUAAUGAAUGGAUAAUCACUUCUGGGAAUUAAAUGGUUACACUACAUGAUGCAGUAAACUCAGUCUAUUUUAUACUUCACUCUUCUUUUGACACACAUUUGCUCCAUUUUUUUCUAUUAGUUCACUCUUUAUUUCUACUAUAUACUUGGGAGACAGACCACACCAAUGGACAUGAAGUCAUUAAUUUCACGGGCUAGUAUUGAUUAUGUAGGAAGGUAUGUGUCACUUUGUGUAUCAUGGUGGCUAAUGUCAUUCAUUAUAAUUGUGUUUACUGCUUCAAUACCUGCACCAAACUAGUGACAAGAUCCUGAAGGAAAUCUUUUGUUUAUCUAAUGAGUGCUUCAACCUUUCACUUCCAAGAUCUGAAAGCUUAUUCUCCUAACUGGUGACCUUAAAAACCUUGGGUGUCUAUUUCUGAGAGUUAAGUGUCCUAUCAAGACACUUACCCCUGGUUGAUAAUUUUCUUGAUUCUCAGUAACAAUCUAAUUGACAUUUUGAUAAAGCUGUAAGGAGACUUUAUAUGUUGGUCACUCUAAGGAGAAAAGGGGGAAACCUUUUUGUCCCUAAGAGUGACUGGCAUCUAAUUUCUCCUUACAAUAUCACCCCUGGUCACACAUUUAAGCCACAAGAGUAAAGGAAAAGAUCACCAACUGAAGAAGCUCUUGAUUAUAAAUCAAAUUCUCCCUGUCAGCACCUGAGGAAAGAUAUGGAAAACAGAAUGGAGAAUAUGCAUACUGAUUUGAAGUGUUUGUGUUUUUCAGGAUCAUGGCAUUCAUCCGUCGUUCAGAUGCAUUUAGUGUCAAUAUGUUACUGGAUACUCAUCAGUUGGAGCUGUACCAGGGACAUGGAUACCACUUUCCCUACGAUAUUAAGGAGAAGCCCUCUGGCUUGGGAGCUUUUCCUGCCAUCUUUUCAUUCCCUGGGGUAAGUAACAUGUCCCUAGGGGUAUGGUCUUUUCUGAAUUUGGGAAGCAACUUUCCGAUGUAAAAUGGAUAAUCAAAUAAACAAUGUUAUGGUAUAAUUUAACUGACAGAAAAACACUACAAUCCCACAAACUCAACUAGUUUAUUAAACAGCAAGUUAUGUUCUUAACAAGGAAUGACUCCUAUAAGCAGUAUAAUACUUAUUGUUAAAAAACUUAAUUUAGCCCAAUAAUAAAUAUCAUUGCUGUCUCCAAAGUUCCUUGAAAUGAGCAGUCUUCGGCAGUAACUCUCUCUUGGUAUAGCUUUCAAAACUGAGUCGUCCCUCCGACAACAACUACUACUACAUAAGGGAGGCUUUAUAUAUAUAUAUAUUCACAAAGUAUUCUGGAACAUCCUCAACUUUGUAUGUGAAAAGCUACACACUGUACUGGUUAGCAGGAGUGUUUAAGAACCAAGGCACUUUCGCAAAGAGAAGGGAACAUAACCCCCAGUGUUGUAGUCUGGCCUUGUUUUUGUUUAUACAGGCCCACACUUAUUAACCAGCUUUAGAGCUGAACUGGGUCAGCCUGGCUAAAUGACACAAAUAGAUAAUUAACCCUUUAACUCCCAUGAGUGACCAAGACAGAAUUUCUCCUUACAAUAUCAAUAAAUAUCAACCAGAUUAGUGAUGAGAAUCAAGAAAAAUAUCAAGUUGGGAUAAUUAGUUGAUCCAAUACUAAAUUCUCUGAAUUAAUAUCAUCAGAAUUGUACAGUUGACAGUAGGGAGAAUUACAAAUGCGAUCUGGGAGUUAAAGGGUUAAAUAAACAAAACAUUAGUUCAGAUUGGGUGUAAUUCAAUAAUCAAAGGAUAUUUUUAGCAAACUACAUUUACACCUGCCCCUUAUAAAACUUCCAAGAUUACAGGUAAUUUACAAAAUAUGAAAAGAGGUGAAAAAGAGAAUUUUAAAAGGGCUAACAAACUUUCUUUUUUUACAGGAGCGGCCUGUAGGGCACUGGCCAAACAUCGUGUCUAUACUCCUCGAUAAAGUUCAUGAACUCAAUGCCAUGGAGAAGAUCGUGUACUUCUUUGACAAUGUAGGGCUAUUGCAAAGAAUUUAGUAACAUCUCCUUUUCUGCCUUAUUUCUCCACAACUUUUUCCUACUCUCACUUGUCUGGUGUUGGUUUAAUUUUUAGCGUGUCCAGAGCACAUACUUCUUGACUCGAGUGGACCCACGCCUGACUCUUGUUGUUAUAUUCAACAGUAAAAGAUCAGAGAAGGACUCUUAUGUUAGCACAUUUCUGACUGGUAAGGAAAUAAAUCAU